AUGAGGCUUCCACCACCGCUUAUCGUUGGGCAUUUGGAGGAGUCUGGAAGGGAAUGGAAAUUCAAGGUGGGCUCCCAUUACUCACUAUUCAAAGCUAAAACACGCCCAACUGAUGCUGCUUCUAGGAUUAGAUGUCUCGAAGCCUUGGCCCAAGGUUUGUCUAUCUCAUCGGACAAACUAAGUCAAAGCUCCACAAGUGAGAUCAGAACUAUACGAGAUUCGGACCUUACAGCCCUGGACUCGUCUAUCGUCGACUGGAUCCGGGGCCAACAGACUCUACUUGGCUACUUUGCAGAUAGACGUAUGAAGUACGAAGAAGCAUGUCUCGGAAUCGAGGAGUUGUGCCAAAAUCCUGGGCUUUCCGAAAAAGACCGAUUCUUGAACACUUGCAUCAAAAUCAAUCUCCUUGCAGCCAACCUCACCUGGGGCAAGAUUAUGCAUGAUAUAUCGAGCAUGCUGCUGUGGGUCGCAGGACGAGAAAAUGAGUCCACAGAUGCCGAAAUUGAACGACAAGCGUGGACACUGUUGUUGCAGCGUAAGUAUAAAACCUUUUGCCGAUCUCAUGAAUGGCAAAGGCUCAAUUUGGAGGUAGCAUUCACAAAGCCCUUGCCUCCUCGAUCAAAUUCAGAACUUGUUAUGGAGAGAAUUACCUCCUUUCUCGCAAUGUCAGACAAAGACUGGCUCAAGUUGGUCGAUCCCGUUCAGCACAUCGUUGAUGAUCGAAUGCCUUCUACUAUUCCCAUGAUCGAGCCGAACCGACUCCAACGAGCAAUCUCUUUGGUUCAUUCGCUCACGGGCACGAAGAAGGAAGACCACCAUCAUGCCACUCCAGCGACAUGUGGAACAGAAAGUGGAACUGGUAUAGAUUGUCCAAUCUGCUCGAUGGAUCUGUACGAGAGUGUCCCAGACGAUUUCUACAAGCUCGAAAAGGUAGAAAUGCCUGCAGAACACUCAGCUCCAGCAAGCACUGGACUGCGAGACUCAGUUGUAAACUUUAUACAAACAGUGGCUAUCAAUCUCUGGGUUUCGACCCCCACCACUACGACAAAAGCCCCUUCCACAACCCCUGGUUUCCCCAGAUAUGUUCCGACCUGUGAAGACACUUGCAAAGAGACUGCAGGCGACUGGUGGGUUCUGAGCAACACGACUGUUGCCAUUCCUCCUCGACCAGUGUUCUGCCCAACAUGCAGAAAGGGUUUUCACGUUACAUGCCUCUGGGAGUGGCUGCGCGGGCGACGAGCAAGAUCUCGCUCCUGUCCCUUUUGCCAAACAAAUCUGGAUCGCGCAUUUGUACAGGGUACUCUUCUACCGGCACUCCAGGCUGAACGACACCGAAAGCGAAACGAGCAAAGCACAAUCAAACACGCAGAAUCGAAGGUGCAACUCAAGAACGAGUGA